UUUGUAGCAUGUCGAUGGAAAUCGGUCCUGACUUUGACAAAGGAGAAGGUUUGGACGACUUGGAAAGCUUAAAAAAAGAGGCAUACGAAGCUGGCUUGUCUAGCUUUUUGGAGCGGGUUCUUGCCUCGUCAAGGAAACAAGUGAGCGCCGAUGUCAGUGAAGUCGAAGGGGAAGUUGACAAACUCAGUACUCAGUUGCAAGAUAUCGUUUCCAGGAACUACCGAGAUUUGUUGCAAAACUAUGAUCAAUCGGUGUCAUCGUCGUCUACUUUAAGGAAUCUUCAGGAAGUGCUGGGAAAAGUCUCUCAGAGUUUUCCAUUAUUCGUAGACAAGAGUAUUGAAGCGUUGAAAGUCUUGAAUCUAUCACAACAGGAACGAGAAAGUUAUUCUAGUGAUGUUUCGGAUAUUUACGUAAAUGACCUUAUCGAGUUACCUUCUCUUGUUGUGUCUCUGAUUCGAGCGGGAGAGAUCGAAGCCUCUGUAGAAAUGAUAGAACACUCUCGUCGACUUAACCUUCUUAUAUCUGGUUCUAGAAUAUUGAAUGACGUUUGUUACAGGGUAAAAGACAUGCGACUACUAGUUGUGUCUUAUAUACUCCAACGGUUGAGGUCAAAGACUUCUCUCAGUGAAUGCCUCCGUUUGAUAACUCUUCUUAGAAGGAUUACGUCUCUUGAUGAGGUAGUUUUGCGUCUUUUGUUUCUUUGUUGUCGGUCGCAUUGGAUGCUUUCCUGUCUAAAGGGUUUUUGCAAUCCCAAACCGCAGAGUCUAUUCGCACAAUUCAGUGACGAGUUCAGAAUUCGUACGCUAGAAACUACGACGCAGUAUCAUGCAAUCUUCACUGAUAUUGCGAGUCGUGAUACCAUUCACGAUGAUUUUAUAAAUCUAUGGAUAUCGUUUUAUUUGCAAGUAACUAAACGGCAUUUAUGCAACAUAACUGAUGGAGGAACAUUAUCGUCCUUAAUCCAACAAGCAAACUACUGUGGCGAGUCUCUGAGUCGUAUUGGGGCAGAUUUUCGGAUGCUGCUCUGCAUUCCAUUUGAAGAAGCCAGCGUGCUACUUUUCUCAAAGUCUUUGCAGGAGGCUUUGUUAGCGUUUGAAACAAUGUUAGAAAGCUUCCAAUGGUAUCCUUCAACGUCUUCCCUGAAGUUAACGGAGAGCACGGGUCAGCAUGACAUUCCUGGCGUAUCUCUUCCUUAUCAACUUCUUGAAUUUCCACCUUUAUCAGUUCUCUUUAAUGGUAUUCUCAGUGCAUUGAAUGAAAUACGUCAAGUAGUUUUCAACUCUCAAAAGAAAACCUAUGCUGAGCUGUUACAAAAUACAUUUUAUGAAGCAGCUGCAGUGGUUAAAGACUUUGGAGGUAGCAGAGGUUCACUUUUACCCAACUCACAGCUCUAUUGAAUGUCUACAGUUGUGCCUUCAGACGA